UGAUCAGAGCAUUAGAUCAUUCAGUUGAGACUAAGCUCCCCGAAGAAAGGAGAGCCUUCGCAAAUAAUACGCAGUUCUCAAAUUACCAUACCAAUCGUUGUGCAGUUUUGAAACAAGAAAAUCAGAUCCCUGCAGUAGUCCCUUGAUCCGUAGAUAAUUUGGAUUCUCCAUCCUAAGCAGAGAAGGCUUUCGCGAAUUCUUCAGAUCGAUCUGGCAACCCUGGCAAACCGUAUGUUCGGGGAAAUGGCAAUCGCAAAUGCCGUAGAAGAAGCGGGGAACGCAGUUCGCGCGGAGAAGAGCAGGAAAUGUUUUUAUUUGAAAAAGAUGAUAGGAGAGUACAUAGACACCUCGGUUCGCAUUGUGGCCACCGUCUUUCUGGCUGACCUUUUGCAGCGCCUGUAUCGCUGUGUCGUCGAAUAUGUCCGAUACAGCCGGUACUAUCUGCCCGAGGACCGGGUGUGGACGAUCCUCCGACGCUCGUACACAUACAACACCAAGUCCACCUUUCUGCUGGUGGCCUACCUCCUCGUGGGUUUCGCCCGCAUCUCGGUUACCGGAAAUUGCAAAGGCGUAGUGCCCACCAUGCUGUUCCUGGUCCACAUGCCGCUCUACUGGAUCUUCAGCGAUCUGGGUCAGAGCACCCUGAGCUACUCCCACUGGAUACGGGACUCCCACGGACUGGACUACGCGGCCGGAAUGGCCUCCAACUACUUCCACGGCUACCUUAAACUUUCACUGCCCGAACGCAAGGAAGAUGGACUCCAUCACCGAAUGCAACUUUAUGAGGACCAGAACAACAUCACCUUUGGCAUAAAUCGACUGGUUAUUCUUAUUCCCGACGAAAUGUUUGUCAAUGGCGUGCUCGAAAGCGAUUUACUGGAUAAAGCUGAGCCCCUGGAGACGAAGUUCAUAAACCGAGCCGGCGUGAAUCGUCCCUUUAAACAUGCUGUCUACAGACUGAACCAAAAGGUUAAUGGCAAGACCUACUACUUUGCUAUCGAGGGGGCCACGCCCAUGCUGUCCUUCUUCGAUGCCAUGCAGUCCAACCUGUCGGCCACCUGGCAGAUGAAGGAGCUGAAGCGGGAGAUCUGGCUUAAGUUCUACAAGCACUUGAAGGAGCUCAUUACCACGUGGCCGGAGACCCGUAAUUUAGUGGAGCUGAUCAUCUACAGCUCACAUGAUUCUAAUGGGAACCUCAUAGAUGUUGGGGAAUUGCUUAAAGCCCAUAUGCAAAACAAAACGAGGACUAUUGAAGAACUUACCGACUAGGAAAUCCAAAGAAGUCUGCGAAUUUAAAUAUUUCUAGCAUUACUCGGCAUCAACCAGCCACGACAAUUUUUUACUUUUAUAUGUACGUACCUAAAACUAAUGAAAAAUUUCAACACAAUAAAUCAGUGUUACUAAUAUUAAAAA